AGGCGCUUCCCCUGCCGCUGUCUCUCCCUCAAAAAGUUGGCGGCCGGGCCUCGGCUCCUUCCCUUGCUAACUUCCCCCCGCUGGCGGAUCUCCGCUCUUCCCCUUCCCAUCAUGAAGCCCUGGCUCUUGCUCAGCUUGUUGCUGCUGCACCAAACGCUGCAAAAUGCUAUUGGUCAGUCUGCGAAGAACAAGCGUCCAAAGGAACCAGGAGAGAACAGGAUUAAACCUGCUAACAAAAAAGUAAAACCCAAAAUUCCCAAAUUAAAGGAGAGAGAAUCCACAGACUCAUCCCCAAAGAUCUACUCCAUAAUGACGCAAGUGAUGGAUAAGGGCCGCUUUCAGAAGCCUGCUGCCACUCUAAGCCUUUCUGCGGGACAGAGUUUAGAACUGCGGUGCAAAGGGAAUAAAAUUGGGUGGAGCUAUCCCUCUUAUCAUGACACUUUUAAAGACUCCAGACUCAGCAUCAAGCAACAUGACAGAUACAGUCAGCUGAUCUUGGCAAAUUCCACUGCAGCAGACACCGGUGAAUACAGCUGCUGGCUACUCGUGUGCAAAGGUUACAACUGCAAGAAGGAUGAGUCAAAAACAAGCUCAACGUACAUCUUUUUUGCAGAUAAAGGGGAGCUCUUUGUUCCUUCUCCCAGCUAUUUCGAGGUGGUGUACCUUAACCCAGAUAAACCCACGGUGAUUCCUUGCCGAGUGACCAACCCGUCAGCAAAAGUGACGCUUCAUCAGGAAUUCCCAGCAGAAGAAGUCAAAGUGGAUGGAAUUGACAUUGUCUAUGAUGCAAAGAAGGGCUUUGUCUAUCAGCACCCAAAGUCUGAACACAAAGGAGUAGUUUACUGCAGAGCCGAAUCAAGGGGGGCGCCUCAGAUUUCCAUUAAAUACCAGCUGCUCUAUGUGGAAGUCCCUAGUGGUCCACCUUCAACAACAAUUAAGGCAUCAUCCAACAAUGCAAGCGGUGGAGAUGAUAUCAGUGUUCUGUGCACAGUUUUGGGAGAGCCAGAUGUAGAAGUAGAAUUUAAUUGGAUAUAUCCAGGGCAAGAGUAUGAAAGGCCUGUGAUCAUCCAGGACACCUGGAGGCUGAUUGACAGAGGAAUUGGUCACACCACAAGAAUCUCAGAGAGUCUCAUUACUGUAGAAGAUUUCGAAACCAUUGAUGCUGGAAACUAUAUUUGUAUAGCUCAGAACCUUCGAGGACAGACCACAGUAGCUACCCAUGUUGAACUGAUAUGAUAUACUGAGCUUGAAAUAGAGCCAGAACAGAAAAUGUAUGGCUGGACUGCUUCUGGCUAGCUUUAACACACUGAACUGGAAAUAAGAUUUUUUCCUACUCUGUACAUUCCAUUCUUUUUGCAUACUAGUAGACUCCAGGCUUGUAGUCAUAAGAUGCUGAUUGACAGCUAGUGCAGCACAAUGGCUAAACUAUGCACUCACCCCAGGUGGCCUCAUGGCCAUAGUAUUUGUUAUCUUCCCACCUGGGGGCGAAAUGCUGACCUACAUUAUGGUGUUUGGAUGUGAAGAUUCUUGAGCUUGUGUCUGUGAUGUGUUUUGAGCACUUGAAAGUGCUAUAUAAAUAUUGAUCAGGAAAGUCACCCAUUUUAGGGGGGAAAUAUCACAUUUAAUGUGAUGCAUCUCUGACAAUAUUGUUUAAU